AGGACAUUUGUCUUCAACUGAACUCCAACACCACCCUCACGACCACGACCCCACGCUCUUUUACCAACCUCAACAAUCAACCACCACCACCAAACAAAACCAAAACACAUACAUAAACAAACAAAACACGUCGCUGCUGCUGCCGCCUGUUCAAAAUGGUCAACCUAAUCUCCCUAAUCGCCCCCGUAAGCUACAUUGCCGUGCUCCUCGGCUCACUGAUCGCCUUCUCCUCGCUCUACCGCAAACGCAAGAACGCCAAAGCCGCGUCGCUCGAGCCCUGGUUUCCGCCGCACACCGCACGCGAUGUGUACCUGUCCCUGCUGCACCAGGACGAGGAGUCCAGCGUGCCCGAUACGCUCCUCAAGGCCGCGUUGAUGCUCCGCGCGAAGGAGGAUAUCCGCCGUCUCAUGGUCCUGCGCACGAGCAAGGGUUCGCUGCAGGGGUUGCUACAGAAGGGCUGCGUCGGUGACGAUCUGUGGACGAGGUUUUCGAGGGCCGAGAGUGAAAUGGAGGAGGAGCUGAGAGAUGUUGUCAUGGAAGCCAACGCCUACAAGGAGGGCUGGGGCCAGCUGAUCUUCCAAACGGCGAACGAGAUGGUGAACCACGACCGCAUUAAGGAACGCGCAGAGAAGGUCGCUACCGAGGCCGAGGCGGAGCGUAAGUGGUGGAACGAGAAGCGGGAGCGCUCUAGCCGCGAGUUGAUGGGUGAAGAGGAGGAGUUUACAUCGGACGACAAUGCCAAUGAUUCGGAUGGCGUCGGAGAGAAGGUCAGGAAGAGGAGGGUGGUGAAGCAAUGAUGAUACGAUAGGUCCCGGUCAAGGUUCUUUUGUUAUGUGCUGUUCGCUGCCGUUUGUUCUGACUUCACUUCUCUGAUUUUCCGGUUUAUCCCUUUGAUAUUGUUUUUAUUGUGGUUGUUCUCGUUGCUGUUGUUUGUCUGGUCUGGUCUGGCAUCAUGGGAUGGGUUGUAAAAUAAGGCGCUUCUCCGGCUUCUGGUUUUAUACGAUGACGGUCUUUCUCCCACGAAAC